AUGGCACGAACUCGUAGACCACCGCUACGUACCGAGGCAGAAAUUACCCGCGACGCCAUUGCUGAGCUUCAAGCCCAGAUGGCCAACAUCACCACCGCCCUUCAGGCCCUUAAUGUUCAACGACCACCACCACCCCCACCUCGCGAAAACGUUGAACGCGAUCACGACGAGGAAGAAGAUGAAGACGACGACGCAGCCGCGUUCGCCGCAGCAGUUGAUGAUAACCCCUUUGCUCCUCUUCGCAACAGCCGAGCUCUCGCUCAAGACAAUGCUCCGGUAGCAGCAGCCGAUAAUCAAUGGACAACAGGAUUCAAAACAGCCGAGUUCCAUGGAAAUACUUCAGCCGAAGAACUACUUGAUUGGAUAGUCACGGUUGAAGAAAUUCUAGAGUUUAAAAGAGCCCCAUUGGAGCGAUGUCUUAAGUCAAAACUCAAUAAAACAUUCUUGCCGUACAAUUACGACCAGCUCAUGUUCCAGAGUCUCCACACCAUCCGACAAGGAACUCGUUCCGUAGCCGAAUACUCUACGGAGUUCUUUCUACUCCUCACCCGCGUUGACAUUCAAGACUCUGAGCGUCAACUUGUAGCACACUUCACGGCAGGUCUUCGUCAACAGAUUCAACAUACCAUCAACCUCUUUCACCCUCUCACGUUGUCUGAAGCCCAUCAACAAGCUCUAACUAUAGAAACUCAAACAAAGUCAUCUUUCUCAUGGACCACUACAAGACCAUCACGAUCUGCAACACUUCAACAGCAACAAAACCCAACCGAGGAUGUUACCCCAACCAAGCCAGAAACGGCACUGGUUCCGCUUGCCGACACACGAAACAAUCGCCCAAGCUCUCUCCGUUGUUUCUCUUGCGGAGAAAUUGGACACCGUCAAGCGAAUUUUCCUACGCGCAAUCGCCGUGGCCUGCUCUUGGAUACUGCUGGUAAUGACGUUGAAGUUAUAUAUGACGACGAUAUGGAAGAGACGGUCGACGAACCAGAGGUUCUUCACGCCGAUUGUGGACCUGCUCUGAUGGUUCGACGAUUUAUAAUCGAUUCAGGCAAUAGUGAGAACGUAAUCGCAGAAGAAGUGGUCACCAAGUUACAACUACCCACUGAACUCCAUCCUUAUCCGUAUAAACUCGCAUGGCUUGACCAGAAAACAGAUUUGCUUAUCACCCGACGAUCAUUGAUUUCCUUCUCCGUGGACGACGCGUAUAAAGACCAGAUUCAUUGUGACGUUGCACCAAUGGAUGCGUGUCACCUCCUUUUGGGACGUCCGUGGAUAUUUGAUCACCGGAUUCAGCAUGAUGGGUUCCUUAGUACUUAUAGUUUCCGUUUCAACAAUCGGACGUUUACACUUCAACCUUCCGAACCCGAGAAGCAUACCAUGCAGUCCUCUCCAGUAAUCAUUCUCGAACGAAAGCCAUUUGUCACAGAGAUGCGUAAAGAAGAGCUUGUGUUGAUUCUUGUCAGUACCACCACAUCUCGCGCCAAAACCAUGUGGCCCGAUGCAUUCACUCCUUUGUUAGACGAAUUUAAAGACGUCUUUCCUGAUGACUUGCCCACCGGACUACCACCUCUCCGCGAUAUUCAGCAUCACAUAGACCUGGUUCUUGAUGCAAUCUUGCCUAACAGAGCUCAUUAUCGUAUGAGUCCAAGUGAACAUGAAGAGCUACGAAGACAAGUCGAGGAGCUUAUCUCUAAAGGAUUUUUGCGCGAAAGUUUAAGUCCAUGUGCAUCUAAUGCACCUAGUACCUUCAUGCGUGUCAUGAAUCAAGCACUUCGUCCUUUUAUUGGGAAAUUUGUUGUGGUCUACUUCGACGACAUCCUUAUCUUCAGUAUGACGCUGGACGAUCACAUCAACCACCUCCGUGAAGUCUUACUCGUCCUUCGCCGUGAUCAGUUAUUUGCAACGCUUAAGAAGUGCGAGUUUGGAUCCGAGCAAGUUCACUUCCUUGGCUACAUUGUUUCUUCUAAGGGUUUGGCCGUGGAUCCAGCCAAAGUAGAAGCGAUUCAGUCCUGGCCUGUGCCGACGACUUUAUCAGAAACAAGAAGCUUUCACGGUCUUGCUUCUUUCUACAGACGUUUCGUACCUCAGUUUAGUAGUCUCAUGGCUCCAAUGACGGACUGUAUUCGUCGUGAGGGUACAUUUUUGUGGACUCCGGAAGCAUCGCACGCCUUUACUAUCAUCAAACAAAAUCUCAGCUCCGCCCCUAUCUUGGCAUUACCUGAUUUUUCACAGGUAUUUGAGCUUCACACCGAUGCUUCCAAAUUCGGUAUUGGUGCAGUCUUGAGUCAGCGAAAUCGUCCCAUCACUUUCUUUAGUGAGAAGCUUAGUGGUGCUCGUCUCCGUUACAGUAUUUACGAUGUGGAGUUCUAUGCAGUUGUUCAAGCAAUCAAACAUUGGCGACAUUAUCUUUUUCACAAAGAAUUCGUCCUCUUUACCGAUCAUGACGCCCUAAAGCAUCUCAACAGUCAAGAUAAGGUUUCCUCCCGUCAUGCUGCAUGGGUUGCCUAUUUAUAG